UCUACGUCUAGUAGUAAUCAGUCUUUUAGGUGGAGAGGAAGCCUUAUAGUACUCGCCCAAUAAGUCAUAAAAAUGAAGUCACUCAAUGUGUUCACCCUCGUCCUUAUGACAUUGGUAUGUCAUAGCAAAGAACAAAGUUCGUGCUGUAGGGACACAGUGCACGAAUGCUACCCGCGUCCUGAAUUAAACACCGACCAGAUUGAGAUUCUACGUGAUGUUGUUGAAGAGCUGGAGCAGUUACCAUGCGAAGAAAUGAUUGAACGAAUAUAUAACACUGUAGAAUCGCCUAUAACAUAUACUGCAGAACAAAUUGAUUAUCUAGUCGGGCGCUAUCCUAGUAGAUUUGAGGCGGUUCCAACAGAGGAGACGGACUGUAGGACAACGACCGUCGUUCCAGAGUGUCCUGAUGAGCCAAUACCGGAACCAAUACCUGAUGUUGGGAGCCGAUCUUCGUAUCCCCACAAGAAAAGAAGACGGAGGGCCAAUAGACCUGGCACAGGUGUAUGCGAGACGAUCCUAGACGGAUUUACAACUCCCCACCUUGCACUUAACAGACGGGGAGAGAUUGUAUUAGUCGUUCAAGGAAUGGAUAUAACCGGGGCGGACGGUGUGCGUUUCGCCAAUAAUCAAUAUGUGUACGAGACCAUCUGCGGAAGGGACCAAUGUGAAGGUGGACUGCAAUGCAACUGUACCACUGUGCUAACUCCAUCAACUACCGCUGUUGUGCAUUAUAUCAAUGGGGAAAAUAAUUUUUUUAUAGAAGAACCUAUCCAAGCACGCACGUGUCAUGCGUACGUGCCAUAGGAGUCAAUUUGAUGUUGUCUGUCUGCCCACACUGUAUUUACCUGAAAUAAGCUCUAUUCGAUGAUGUCAUUAUUAUCUAUAAUAAGAAGUAGAUAGGGUAGGCGUGUUAGUAUAAAUCAGGGAUGGGCAUAAAAUCGGUCGCAGGGCCAAAGUGAAUUAUUGAUUUAACACCGAGGGCCGCACCAAAACUUUGAUGUUUCCAUUGUGCUUUGAAAAACCUUCAAACACUGCUUUUACAGUACUUUAUUCUCAGUUGUAAUGUUACUUUUUACAUAUAAUCGGUGGCGGACCUUAACAAAUAAAGUGUUUUCUAGCCAAUGUUGCGUGCCGGGCCGCAACACAUAAGGAUUUUAACUCAUUUCCGCGGGCCGCAAAAAAAAAAAAAAAAAAAAAAAAAAAAAAAA